AUGGACAGGGCUAGUAGUCAGUGCCCGGUUGCUAUGCCCUUGACAGUGGCGAGGACCCUGAGGGAGGUGGCGCAGGCUGCUCCUGUUUGCAGGCCCCUGGGAAGUGGCAGUAACCCUCAGGCAGGUUUAGACGGCACCCAGAGCAUUUGGCAGUGGCAGCAGCAGGAGGCCCAUAAUUUGCUCCAAAUACCUUUACAUGCAUCUUUCACGGUACAUCCUGAUUGGUCCUUUCCCCUCUCUCCUCUUCUCAUUUUGUGUGACAAUAAAAACUGUCCUCAGGGCCCCUUGGUGAAAUGGUUUUCAUUUCAGGGACCAUUGACCUUGGAGGACGUGGCCAUCGAGUUCUCUCCGGAGGAGUGGGCCUGCCUGGACCCUGCCCAGAGGGCCUUGUACAGGGACGUGAUGCUGGAGACCUGCAGGAACCUGCUCUCCCUGGAUAUCUCUCAUGUACAUGUGAUCAAAAAAUUACAACUAGAAGCAAACACUGGUAGAGGAGAAGUAUUCCACACAUUGAUGUUGGGAAGACAUGAAAGGAAUGAAAUGAAACAUUUUUAUCUCAGGUUAAUCCAGGAAAAUAUAUGUGAAUUUGAUCCUCAGCAGAGAGAUGCAGUAAGAAAUUACAAAGUAAUGCCCAUAACCCAUAACAAAUAUUUCACUCAUAUGAGAGAUCAACAUGGUAGAAGUGUUACAGGAAUCCAGCCUGCUGAAAAUAGGUGUACCUUAAGCUUACAGGACAACCCGCAUAUUUCUAAAAGUGAAGAGAAAAUUGAGGAAAUUCAUCAAGCCGAGAAGAGUAUCAGCAGUAGUGGCUCAUUUCUACAACUUCAAGAAAUUUCUUCUAGUGUCCAAACCAACGUUUUGAAUCUAUAUGGGGAUGAUUUUAUGCAUCAUUCAGUACUGACACAAGACCAGAGGGCAUCCAGGGAAAGACCUUACCAAUGUAAUGAGGGUGACAAAACCUUUCUUCAGGGAACAUACUCGAAAAGACAUCAGAGCAUCAGUACAGGAGAGAAAUUGCAUAAAUGUGAUACAUGUGAAAGAGUCUUUUCUCGGAAUUCAUACCUUGCAGUUCAUCAGAGUAUUCAUAAUGGAAAGAAACCUUACAAAUGUAAUGAAUGUGGCAGGGUCUUUAGUCAAAGAACAAAACUUGCAAGGCAUCAGAGAACUCACACUGGAGAAGAACCUUACAAAUGUAAAGAGUGUGGGAAAUCCUUUCAUUCUGGCUCCCACCUUGCAGAACAUCAGAGAAUCCAUACAGGAGCAAAACCACAUCCAUGUCAUGUCUGUGGGAAAUUCUUUUGUCGACAUUACCACCUUUCUGUUCAUCAGAGAAUUCAUGCCAGAGAGAAACCUUACAAAUGUUCUGCGUGUGGCAAAACCUUUAGUCAUGGCUCACUUCUCAGGCGGCAUCAGAUAAGCUCUACAGGAAAGAUACAUGAGUGUGACGUAUGUGGCAAGGUCUCUAGUCAAAAGACAACCCUUGAAAAGCAGAGAAUUCACACUGGAGAGACUCCUUACAAAUGUCAUGUGUGCGGCAAGGUCUUUGGUUAUAAUUCAAAGCUUGAGCGACAUCAGAGAAUUCCCACUGGAGGGAAACCUUACCCAUGCAAUGAGUGUGGCAAGCUCUUUAAUCAGGAAACAACACUUUUAACUCAUCAGAGAAGUCAUACUAGAGAGAAGCCUUACACAUGUCCUGACUGUGGCAAGGACUUUAGUCAUAAGACAACCCUCUUAACUCGUCAGAGAAUUCAUACUGGAGAGAAGCCUUACAAACGUAAUGAGGGUCACAAGGUCUUCAGUCGUGGUUCAAGCCUUUCAAGACAUCAUAGAAUUCAUGCUGGAGGGAAACCUCACGAAUGUCGUGAGUGUGGCAAGGUCUUUAGUUGAAAGGCAACUCUUGCAAGUCACCAGAAAACUCACCGUGGAGAGAAACCUUUCAAAAAGGAUGCAUGUUGAACAUGGAAAAGCCUUGAACUGACAUGGAUGAUCACUGCACAUCAAGUAGUAAGUACAGAGGGAAAACCACAGUAAUGUGGUCUCUGUGAGGAAGUCUUCCUUCAAAAUUGACAGUUUAAAUUCCGGGGAGAUCCAUAGCGGGAGAAACCAUGCAAAGGUCGUGAGGAUGGCAAAGCCUCACUUAGCCUCAGGUAAUCCCUACUGGACAGAAACUGUAGAAAUGUAGUGAAUGUCUCCAAGAAUUGAGUCAAACUUCGUACCUUCAGGUUGACCAGUGACUUCGUGCUAGAGAGAAACCCAACAAACGUGUAAUGAGUGUGGAAAAUCCUUCCGUGUUGACUAGGGUUAACUUACUGUCAGGUAAUCCGUGUUUCUGAGGGACUUUAUGCAGCAGAGCUAUCAACACGUGUCCUCAUCUUAGCCUCAUUGGUAAAGUCAUACUGGAGAGAAAUGAAGGACAUGUAUUCACUAUGAUGAGGCCUUUAGACAAGGAAUUAGUUCACUGAGUAAUCUAUUCUGGAGAUGACCACGUAAAUGCCAUGGAUGGGAAAAGCCUUUACCCCUCACCACUCAUGAGAUGAUCCGUGUUGCUGAGUGUGGCAAAGCCUUUGGGUUGUGUCUUAAACUGAGUGUUCACCCACUACGUCAUCUUUAAAAUGGAAUAAUUAUGGGAACGUUGCAAAUUAGUGCUCACUCAUCACUAGGUACCACAGUCUUUAUCCUGCAGAGAAACCACAUGGAAGCAAUGGCUUCGGAGGGAUUUCGCCCCAAGAUUGCAGGUUGGAGAACAUGCUGGAACAAUACUGUAUCAUGCAAUGGAUGUGGCAAGAGCUUUACCUUCAGUUCAAGGACUGGAAGAAAGCAGGAAGUCCCUAUUGAAGAAGAGCCGUGGAAGUGUACGGCAGAGACUUUAUCCAGGCCUCCCAGAGCCCCAGACUUCAGAAUGGACAUUUUUGAGAGAAACCACACAAAGCAAUAAGUGUGGUAAGGCUUGUUCCUCUGGAACAUUGAAGAUUUAUGUUGGAGAACAAGCUUUCAAACGUAAUGGAUGGUAAGGCUUGUUCCCAUGGAACAUUGAAAAUUUAUGUUGGAGAACAAGCUUUCAAACGUAAUGAAUGGUGUAAAGGUUUACAUCAGAUGCCCACACCGCGGUCUAACGAGAUAAUUCAUACAGGUCAGUGUAUCCACACACCGAAUAUGGAAACACUUUGAAGAAACAGUGUGUCCUCAGGGGUCCCCACAGAACUUGUAUUUCUCAGCAUCUUCACAAAUGACGUCCAUUUGGCGAUUUGUUUUUUUUUUUUUUUUUUUUUUUUGAGCAAUCCUUAGAUCACACAUCAAAGAAUGCAUAUUAGGAGUAAAUAAAUCCAAGGUAACACAUACCGCAGAUUCAUUACAAGGCACAACGUGUUACACGUUAGGACGUGGCGUGUAUAUGUGCGGAAACAGGACGUGUUUGGAAAUGGCCCGUUCUCUUCACCGUGUGAGUAUUCAGUUAUUUUCUGUUUUUUGCUUUUUAGGGCCACACUCAUGGCACAGUCAAGG